CAUUACAGUCAACGCGCAGACAGAACUAAUCGAUCGAACACACACACACAGCAGUCGAUCCCCGAGCAGAGAGCCUUCCUGACGGUAAACCCUACAGCAGGGUCCCACCCGGAGCUUUCAGCCAUGGUCUUCGAGUCUCUGGUCAGCGACCUGCUCAACAGGUUCAUCGGGGACUACGUGGAGAACCUGGACAAGUCCCAGCUCAAGAUCGGGAUCUGGGGGGGAAAUGUAGUUCUGGAGAACCUGAAGGUGAAGGAGAACGCGCUGAGCGAGUUCGAUGUUCCGUUCAAAGUGAAGGCGGGACAGAUCGGGAAGCUGACGUUAAAGAUCCCCUGGAAGAAUCUGUAUAACGACGCCGUGGUCGCCACGCUGGACGGCCUGUACCUGCUGGUCGUCCCCGGAGCCACGAUAAAGUACGAUGCAGCGAAGGAGGAGCGCUACCAGCAGGAGGCCAAGCAGAGGGAGCUGCAGCGCAUCGAGGAGGCCCUGCAGACAGCUGCACGCAGAGCGUCUCAAACUGGAGAUCUGCUGUUCAGCCUGGAGAGUGUUGUUUACAAGGAGCCUCCCAACGUCUCCAAAGGAAGUAAAAAACACAAAAAGCCCAAAAAAGGUUUGAAGAAGCUGAAACGCCACGACCACAAAGCAGAGAAGCCAGCGGAGGAGAAGAAGGACACGUUUGUGGAGAAACUGGCGACUCAGGUGAUCAAAAACCUGCAGGUGAAGAUCAGCAGCAUCCACCUGCGCUACGAGGACGACCUUUUAGACCCACAGCGCCCCCUAUCUAUUGGAGUCACACUGUCAGAGCUCAGUCUGCAGACCACUGAUGAGAACUGGAAGUCGUGCAUCUUGAACGAAGCAGCGAAGAUCAUCUAUAAGCUGGGGCGUCUGGAGUGCCUCUGUGCCUACUGGAACGUCAACAGUCCCAUCUUCUAUAAAGGAUCGUGGGAAAACAUCGUGGAUCAGCUGAAGUCUGGGAUCAGUAGCAAAGAUCAGGAGCUUCCUCACUAUCAGUACAUCUUCAAGCCGAUCUUCGCCUCGGCCAGAAUGUGCAUCAACCCGUCGGCUGAUCUGGAGCUCAAGAGUCCCAAAGCUAAGCUUCACCUGGAGGUCCAGAACAUCGGCAUAGAGAUCACCAAACCACAGUACCUGAGCUUGGUGGAGCUGCUGGAGGCGGUGGAUUGUAUGGUGAAGAACGCCCCCUACAGGAAGUUCAGGCCGGACUCCCCCGUCCACCGCAACGCCAAACUCUGGUGGAGGUACGGCUAUAACAGCGUCCUGGAGGUGCAGGUCCGGCGCUCCAGCCAGAUGUGGUGCUGGUCCAACAUCAGGCGUCACCGAGAGAACCUGAAGGCCUACAGGACGGCCUACAGGGACAAACUGCUGAGUCACAACAAGCCCAGCCCCGACACGGAGAAACACAUCCAGGAUCUGGAGAAAGUUCUGGACGUCUUCAACAUCACUCUGACCCGCCAGCAGGCCCAGAUGGAGGUGAUCCGGUCGGGACAGAAGUUGGUAAAGAAGAAGGCAGCGGUGCAGAAACAGGGAGGAGGAGGAUUCUUCAGCGGCUUCUUUGGUAAAAAGACCAAGAAGGAGGAGCAGGAGCCAGAGGAGAACCAGGAGACGGAGAGUUCGGGGUUGGAUGAUCUGAUGACGGCCGCGGAGAAAGAGAAACUCUACACGGCCAUCGGCUACAGCGGCAGCUCACACAACCUCACUCUGCCCAAACAGUAUGUGGCUGUCGUGGUUACCUUUCAGCUGUUCAGGACUUCGGUAACGGUCAGAGAGCAGCAGGACGUCCCGGAGAUCCUGAAGAUCCAGAUGAUCGACCUGAGCACCAAAAUCUCUCAGAGACCGGGAGCACAGGCCGUAAGGGUGGAGCUGGCCUUGGAGCACUGGCUGGUUACCGGGUUACAGCAGCAGGGGGCGGUCCCGACGCUCAUCGCCUCUCUGGGAGACUCUUCUUCUUCUCUGCUCAGCGUGGUGUUUGAGGUCAACCCCGAGGAGAGCGCCGCUGACCAGCUGCUCCGAGUCCACUCGCAGCCCGUUGAGAUCGCCUACGACGCCCUGACGGUGAACAGCAUGGCCGACUUCUUCCAGACGGGGAAAGGUUUGGAUCUGGAGGUCCUGACCUCGGCCACGCUCUCCAAACUGGAGGAGUUCAAAGAGAAGACUGCCACAGGUCUGUCUCACAUCAUUGAGACCAGGAAGGUUUUGGACCUGAGGAUCGAUCUGAAGCCGUCCUACCUGCUCAUCCCAAAGUCUGGUUUCUAUAGCAACACGUCGGACCUCAUCCUCGUGGACUUCGGCAGCUUACAGUUGAACAGUGUGGAGCAGAGCGGUCCGUCUUCUCCCUCCUCCUCUCUGGAGGAGAUCAUGGAUCGAGCCUACGAGAGAUACAACGUGGAGCUACGACGAGUCCAGGUGCUCUACAGCAAAUCAGGCGAGGGGUGGAAGUCCGCUCGGCUGCAGGGUUUGUCUGUCCAGCACAUCCUCCAGCCGAUGGACUUCACCGUGCAGCUGGCUAAAUGUAUGGUGGAGAAGGACGCCCGCAUGCCCAGGUUCAAGGUGUCAGGGGAGCUGCCGCUGCUCUACGUUAAGAUCUCGGACCAGAAGAUCCACAGCGUUCUAGAGCUGGUCGACAGCAUCCCACUGCCCAACAUGGGCUCCCCCCCCUCCACCCCCACAGACAAGGUGCGAUCAUUUCCAGGAGCCAGACCCCGCCCCCUCAGCCUUAGCCCCGCCCCCUUCCUCGACACCAUGGAAACAGAUUCAGAAGAAGACGUCAGUGAGAAGUCUCCAGAUGAGGAUCAGCAUCGCUCGGCGCUCGAGGAACUCACCAACCUUCACUUCAAGUUCGAGGUCAAAGAGGUGCUGCUGGAGCUGACCCGGCAGGCUGACCUGGAGAAGACUGUUCUGUCUCUCAGCGUCUGUCAGCUGGGAGCUGAAGGGAAGAGGCGGAGCUUCGACCUGAGCGUCGCCGCGUACCUGCGCAGAGUCACGCUCGACUACUGCGACGUCCCAGAUGGGAAGAAUCUGCACCUGAUGAGCUGCUCGGAGCAGCAGUGCUCCGACCUGCUGAAGGUGGACUUCAUCAAGGCUGACCCCAGUGGACCGAGCUUCCAGACUAUGUUCAACAACACGGAGCAAACUCUGAAGGUGGAGUUUUCCUCUCUGGACUUCCUCCUUCACACUAAAGCUCUGCUGUCGACCAUCAGCUACCUGAGCGGUGCCGUGCCGCCACAGCUCGCCGCUGCUGGCGACCGAGACAGCAGACGACAGGUGGAGAAGGCCAGGCCGGGCCAGACAGUGUCUAAAGGAGCCAAAGAUGGCGGCGUGGUCAGCUUCAAGAUGUUCGCCGUGUUGGGCUGUUUCCACGUGGAGGUUUGUGACGAUUGCUGCAGCAUCGCCGACAUCAGAGUCCAAGGGAUUGACGCGUCGGUGUUGGUGCAGGCCAAAGAGACGGAGGUGUUCGCUCGCCUCCGAGACAUCGUGGUCACAGACGUCCACCCCAAAACCGUCCACAGAAAGGCGGUGUCCAUCGUGGGCGAGGAGGUGUUCAGCUUCAAACUCUCGUUGUUUCCGGGGGCGACGCUGGGCAACGGUUACAGCGACACGUCCAGGACGGACGGGAAGCUGACACUGCGUCUGGGAUGCAUCCAGAUCGUCUACCUGCACAAGUUCCUCAUGUCACUGCUGGCUUCUUUUAGCUUUCAGUCUGCUGAUGAGAUGUUCGUGGAUAACUUCCAGACCGCUAAAGAAGCUCUGAGCGCGGCCACGGCUCAGGCGGCCGAGAAGGCGGCGUCCAGCGUGCGUGGUUUCGCACAGAAGAGUUUCCGUCUGUCCAUGGACAUCAGGCUGAAAGCUCCGCUCAUCAUCAUCCCCCAGUCCUCCAGCUCCCAGAAUGCACUUGUGAUGGACUUGGGUCUGAUCACGGUGGGGAACAGCUUCUCUCUGCUGCCGGCUGAAGGCUUCUCUCUGCCCGCCGUGGUGGACAAGAUGAACGUCAAGCUGACUCAGCUCAAACUCUCCAGGACCACGUUGACUCCGCGGGACUCCUCCCACCUCGACAUCGAGAUCCUGCAGCCUAUCAACUUGGAGCUUUCCGUCACCAGGAACCUGUCUACUUCCUGGUUCACCAGGAUCCCCGGAGUCCAGGUCCAGGGAGAGCUGCGCUCCCUUAAUAUAAGUCUGGGCGAGGAAGACCUUACGGUACUGAUGAAGAUCCUGGUGGAGAACAUCGGGGAGGGAAGCAGAGAGCUCAGCAGGGACGUCACCAAACACACCGCUCAAGAGAAGCAGCAGGUGGAGGUGUUUCCUGGUCGAGAGUCGUCCUCCACUAACGGAGCUCAGACUGAAAACACCGUUAACGUUCUGCUCCACUUUGAAAUCAAAGAGGUGUUGCUGACCCUGAAGAAGCCCAGAGAGCAGAGCGAGUUUCCGUUCCUCGUCUUUCAGGCGGCUCACCUCGGCAUCAACACGGAAGUGAAGGAGUACGACACGACGGCCACCACGUUCAUCGACCAGAUCACCUUGAAGUGUCUGGAGUUCAAAGACUCGAGUGGCGAGCCGCUGUGUCUCAUCAGCUCGUCUGUGGAGUCCGGAGCUGAACUGCUCAAAGUGCAGUACUUCAAGGCCGACCGCUCGGCGCCAGACUUCUCCUCCGCUUACAACAACACGGAGCAGAUGAUCAACGUGAUGUUUACGUCUCUGGACCUUCUGCUCCACACCGAGGCUCUGCUGUCAGCUAUUAACUUCCUGUCGGCAGCGUUGGCGUCUCCGGAGAGAGACAUCAGACCCAAGACAGAGGACAGGACGGUGUCGGCCAGGUCCACCGCCGUGACAUCACCUGCUACGAGUGACGUCAUCGACCUGAAGGUGAUGAUGUCACUGGGAGCCUUCAACGUGCUGGUGUGUGACCAGAGCUGCAACAUGGCUGACAUCAAGAUCCAAGGGUUCCAUGGCUCUCUGCUGAUGCAGGGACCCCAGACUCACAUCUCCGCCCGCCUCAGAGACUUCAUCGUUCUCAACGUCGAUCCCAAAAGCAUCCACAAGAAGGCGAUCUCCAUCGUGGGUGACGAGGUGUUCAACUUCUCCAUGAGUUUGACUCCCAGCGCCACAGACGGCGCCGGCUACGCCGACAUGUCUAAAACUGACGGCAGAGUGAAGCUGAACGUGGGCUGCAUCCAGGUGGUCUACCUGCACAAGUUCAUCAUGGCUCUGCUGAACUUUACCAACAACUUCCAGACCGCUAAAGAAGCUCUGAGCGCGGCCACGGCUCAGGCGGCCGAGAAGGCGGCGUCCAGCGUGCGUGACUUCGCCCAGAAGAGUUUCCGUCUGUCCAUGGACAUCAGGCUGAAAGCUCCGCUCAUCAUCAUCCCCCAGUCCUCCAGCUCCCAGAAUGCACUUGUGAUGGACCUGGGUCUGAUCACGGUGGGGAACAGCUUCUCUCUGCUGACCGUCGACGGGUGCCCGCUGCCGGCCGUCAUCGACAACAUGGACGUCCAGCUGACGCAGCUCAAACUCUCCAGGACCUGUCUGGACUCGAGCUCGGAGCGAGCCGGCACCGAGCUGCUGGAGCCGGUCAACCUGCAGCUGAAGGUCCAGAGGAACCUGGCAGCUUCCUGGUACAAAAAGAUGGUCGCCAUGGAGAUCAACGGGGAUCUGAAGCCCAUGAAGGUGGAGCUGAGUCAGGACGACCUGGCUGUGCUGCUGAGGAUCCUGAUGGAGAAUCUGGGCGAGGCCGGCGGUCUGGACCUCCCCGCCCCGAGACAGGACUCUGCUCUGCAGCUCCGAGUGGCCAGAGCCCCCCCCACAGGCGAUAGUGGGAAACCCACUGUGAGCAGUGAUGAAGACGAGGAGGAAGCUCUGGUGACGAUGCAGUUUAACUUCAACAUCAAGUCUCUGGCUCUGGUUCUGUACAGCAACGAUCCCAAACAGGUCCGUCCUGUUCUGCAGGUUUCUCUUGCAGAUCUCCAGCACCAGCAGAACCUCCGUCUGGGAGAGUUGGCGCUCCAUCAGUUGAAGACUUCGGGGAAGAUCCUGACGGACGGCAGUGUGGAGGUAGCCACCGUCCUCAGCGGCUGCACACUGGACGACCUGAGGACCGGCAUGGAGCGGGUCACCUCACGGAUGGUGGGUCGGCGAGACGAGGAAUCCCCCGAGGCGAUGAUCGACGUGACGUACCGUCAGAGUGCUGCAGAGCGGGAGGUGGUGGCCGUCCUGCAGAAACUCUACCUGUGUGCCAGCGUGGAGUUCCUGAUGGCCGUGGCAGACUUCUUCCUGCAGGCUCUGCCGCAGAGUCCGACCGCCACUGCCGGCUCGGCAGCAAGCGACAGACUGCCGCUGAGACAGACCGCCGAGCCUCGAGCUGACGCCAAGCCCGGAGCGUCUGUGGUGCGGACCCGUCUGCGGGCGGUGGUUUUGGACCCGGAGGUUGUGUUCGUGGCGAGCCUGAUGAAGGCCGACGCCCCCGCGCUCACAGCUUCCUUCCAGUGUGACGUCUCGCUGCAGAACGAGCCGGACGGCAGCCAGAACAUGAGAGCCAACCUCAGGGAGUUAAAGGUCCUUGCCUGCCGCUUCAUUCGGAACAAGGAGGACGAUGCUUUCACCACCGUGUUGAGACCCUGCUCGGUCACCAUGGAGACCAAAACCCACCCCAACCAACCACUGAGCGGCUGUGUGAUGGUAGAGGAAGUCAUUGUCAAGAUCUCUCCGUUCAUCCUCAACACCGUGAUGACGAUAACGGCCGCUAUGACGGCAAAGCAGCGAGACGAGCAGAGUAAGGAGCCGAAGACAGACGUCAGCAACCUCUGGUCCGUCAUGAACAUCUACGGCUGCAACUAUUGGUUCCUGGGAGUGGACCUGGCCGCCGAGGUCACCGAGAGCUUCAGAGAGCCGGACGGGCGCAGCGAGGGCGAGAGAUUCACCGCUGAAGUCAAGGUGGUCCAGGUGACUCUGGAGUCCGGUUUGGGUCACCGGACCGUCCCACUGCUGCUUGCCGAGUCCGCCUUCAAAGGAUCGGCCAAAAACUGGUCGUCUCUGCUGCAGCUCAGAGCCGACAUGUCGCUGGAGGUGAACUACUUUAACGAGAUCCAUGCGGUGUGGGAGCCGCUGCUCGAACGGGUCGAUGCCGGCAAACGCAGAUGGAACCUGGAGCUUGAGAUGAAGAACAACCCGGUCAUGGACAGAAGUCCCGUUCACGGAGACGACUUUGUGAUUCUGCCUGAACCUUGCACGGCCGUCAGCAUCUGCUCCAAAGACACCAUGAACAUCACCGUGUCCCAGUGCAGCCUCAGCGUCCUGCACAACCUUGCCAAGGCGUUCUCCGAGGGAACAGCCUCCACCUUUGACUCGUCUCUAAAAGAGAAAGCCCCGUUCACCAUCCGGAACUGCCUGGGGAUCCCUGUGACGGUGCAGCUCAGCGCCAACCUGCGGCCGGUGGCUUGUCUGGUGCAGGAAUCGCUCCUCCAGCUACCUGCGGGACAGAGCACAGACCUGCAGCACUCGGCGUACGAACCGGCAUCCCGGGGAAAACUGUCAGCUCUGCAGCGGCAGGAGAGCUGCCUGUUCCACCUCACCAUCGUUCCCUCUGGCUACAGCGAGAUCUCCAACAUGGCCGUGGACAAACCAGGUCGUCUUCUCUACAACGUCCGCAGUCCUCUGCUGCAGGAUGCUGUUUCUGUCCUGCUGCAGAUAGACGCCGCAGAGGGAAACAAAGUCAUCACCGUCCGCUCGCCGCUGCAGAUCAAGAAUCACUUCUCGGUACCGUUCACCGUGCUGAAGUACUGUCCCGUGUCCCGGAGUCUGCAGAGCGUGGGACAGGCCGAGCCGGAAACCGAGUUCCACAUCGCCUUGGAAACAUACAGAUGCCAGCUGUUUGUGCGUCCGGCCGGCCAUCUGGAUGGGCAAUAUGGCGCCUCGUCGUCCUGCGUGGCGUGGAAGGAGCAGGUGCACCGCAGCUCGGAGGUGCGUUCGCUGCUGCAGUGUCCAGCGAGCAUCGGCGGCCUGCUGCCGCUGACAGUCAGCACGCUGGCCGUCCCCGACAACCUGCGACACAUCGCCAGCCGCGGCGAGGAGGACUGGGACCCCGCUUACAUCAUCCACCUGCACCCUGUGGCCACGCUGAGAAACCUGCUGCCCUACGCCGUCCGCUACAUGAUGGAGAACUCAGCGGACUCGUACGAUCUUGAGGAAGGCAGCACGUCGGACCUUCUGAACGCUCGCGUCUCUGGCGAGAUCGUGUCACUGGCCCUGAUAAAGUACCAGGGCCGCGACUGGCAGGGACACCUCCGUAUCCAACAGGAAAUGCCAGAGUUCCUGUCUUUGUGUCUGGUCUGUGACUCGGACAGCAGCAUGAUGCUGGACCUGAACGUCCACGUGGUGAAGACGGCAGGCCGCCUGCUGCUGUCGCUCUUCAGCCCGUACUGGAUCAUCAACAAGACGUCCCGCGUGCUGCAGUACCGAGCCGAGGACAUAAGCCUCAAACACCCCGCUGAUUGCCGGGACAUCGUCCUCUUCUCCUUCCGGAAGAAGAACCUCUUCAGCAAGAACAAGCUCCAGCUGUGUGUGUCCACCAGCUCCUGGUCCGAUGGUUUCUCUCUGGACACCGUGGGAAGUUACGGCUGCGUUCGCUGUCCCGCCAACAACAUGGACUUCCUGGUGGGCGUUAGUAUCCAGAUGAGCAGUUUUAACCUGACCAGGAUCGUCACCAUGAGUCCUUUCUACACUCUGGUUAACAAGUCAUCGUACGAGCUGGAGGUGGGAGAAGUCAGCAGCCAGAGCUCCACCAGGUGGCACUACAUCUCCUCUACAGAGUGCCUCCCUCUCUGGCCGGACAACAGUUCUGGGAAGUUGUGUGUACGUGUGGUCGGAUCUGAAUCCUCCUCCAAGACCUUCUUCUUUAACCGGCAGGACAACGGCACGCUGUUGAGCCUCGACAUGUGCGGGGGGAUCAUCGUGGAGGUUAACAUCUCUGAUCUCUCAACCAUCAUCAGCUUCACUGAUUACUACGAAGGAGCAGCUCCGGCCCUGCUGCUUAACCACACGCCCUGGGUCACUAUCAGCUACAGACAGAGUGGCUCGGCGAUGGAUCACCAGCUGAAACCCGGUGAGGCUCGGCGGUUUGCGUGGGACGAUCCGGCCGGCGUCCGGACGCUGAGCUGGAGCUGCAUGGAACAUUCUGGAGAGCUGGACCUGCUGAAGGACGAGGUGGGUCAGUUCUCUUAUGACAGCCUGUCCCAGGUGCACUGGGUGUCCUUCCUGGACGGACGCCAGCGGGUGUUGCUGUUCACGGAGGACGUUGCCGUGGUGACAAAGGCUCGGCAGGCAGAGGAGCUGGAACAGUUCCAACAGGAAGUCAAGGUGUCUCUGCAACACCUGGGACUGUCCCUGGUCAACAACGCCAACCGUCAGGAGAUCGCUUACAUCGGCAUCCCCAGUUCAGGGGUAGUUUGGGAAAUGAAGCCAAAGAACCGCUGGAAGCCGUUCAGUCAGAAGAACAUCAACCUGCUGGAGAAAACCUUCCAGAGUCAGCAGAGCGGGAAGAGUGAGGGAGGCUGGGUCAGACUGGAGACCAAUCUGGAGGUGAACCUGAGCGGCGCCAUCAUGAUGAUGCGUCAGCCCUUUUCCUGUCCGGUGAGGAGGAACUUCCUGUCUGGCAUCCAGGUGGAGUUUAAACAGUCGCCGCACCAGCGCUGCCUGCGGGCCCAGCUGCACUGGCUGCAGGUGGAUAACCAGCUGCCCGGAGCCAUCUUCCCGAUCGUUUUCCAUCCUGUUCCUCCUCCCAAAUCCAUCGCUCUGGACUCAGAGCCGAAGCCGUUCAUCGACGUGUCUGUCAUCACCCGCUUCAACCGGCACAGCAGCGUCAUGCAGUUCAAGUACUUCAUGGCUCUGGUUCAGGAGAUGGCGGUGAAGAUCGAUCAGGGUUUCCUGGCGGCCAUCUUGGCUCUGUUCACCCCGGCUGCUGAUCCACAGACCGACAGACAGAAGUCUGGGCUGCUGGAGAGAGAUCUGCAGCUGCUCCAAACAGAGCUGAUGGAAGCGUCUCUCAGCGACUCGUCAGGACUCAGCUUCUUCCAACAUUUCCACAUCUCUCCCAUCAAGCUCCACCUGAGUCUGUCUCUGGGCUCUGAUGGCGGUGAGGAUUCGGCGGCGGAGACGGCAGCGCUGCAGUCUGUCAACCUGCUGCUGAAGAGCAUCGGCGCCACGCUGACCGACGUCGAUGACCUCAUCUUCAAGCUGGCUUUCUUUGAGGUCAGGUACCAGUUCUACCGCAGAGACAAGCUGAUGUGGGCCGUGGUCCGACACUACUCUGAACAGUUCCUGAAGCAGAUGUAUGUUCUGGUUCUGGGUCUGGACGUCCUGGGAAACCCUUUUGGACUGAUCCGAGGUCUGUCAGAGGGAGUGGAGGCCUUCUUCUACGAACCUUUCCAGGGAGCUGUUCAGGGUCCGGAAGAGUUUGCUGAAGGUUUCGUGAUCGGAGUCCGCAGCCUGCUGGGUCACACUGUCGGCGGCGCUGCCGGCAUGGUGUCCCGGAUCACGGGCUCGGUGGGGAAGGGUCUGGCAGCCAUCACCAUGGACAAAGACUUCCAGCAGAAACGGCGAGAGGAGAUGAACCGGCCGCCCAGAGACUUUGGAGAGAGUCUGGCUAAAGGAGGAAAAGGACUGCUGAAGGGAGUCAUGGGCGGAGUCACCGGCAUCGUCACCAAACCGGUGGAGGGAGCGAUGAAGGAGGGCGCGGCUGGGUUCUUUAAAGGCAUCGGAAAAGGUUUGGUGGGCGUGGUGGCCCGGCCGACGGGCGGCAUCGUGGACAUGGCCAGCAGCACCUUCCAGGGCAUCCAGAGAGGCCAUGAAAGAGCGGCGGAGUCGACAGAGGAAGUGACCAAACUGCGUCCGGUGCGUCUGAUCCGAGAGGACGGGAUCAUCCGACCGUACGACCUGAGCGAGUCGCAGGGCUUCGACCUCUUCCAGAGGUCAGAGAUCAAACAGCUGGAAGGAGAAGUGUUCAGAGAUCUCUGUCCGUAUCCAGGACACCGAAAGACCAACAUCAUCAUCACCAACAGGAGGGUUAUGUGUGUGAAGGAGAUCGACUUCGUCGGCCAUUUUAGCAGAGAGUGGGAGUGUUUGUUUGAGAACUUCUACCGACCUCCGGCAGUGGUGGGAACGGACCUGCUGAUCUACUGCAAGCAGCAGAAGUUGAAGUUGCCAAAGAGAGAUGGCCAGGAGCCGGUGAGGAACGUUCAGCUCAGAGACCCAAACACUGCUCAGAAGCUGCAGGCAACCAUCUCCGACGCUCGGAUGGCGCAGCAGCAGCACCACAUGGCGAGGCAGAAGUCCCAGCGCUUCCUCAAACCAAACAACAAACAGUGAGGUCACUUCCUGCCCAGGAAUGAUCGACUCUGUCGCACUGCUGCUUUAAGAAACAUAACCCUGUAGAGACGUAGCUUAAAACAUAAAUAUAUCAUCCAUAGAGAGGUCCACCAUGGGACUUUAUUUCAGUAAAAAUGUGUCCGUAUUACACACUUACUGACACUUUCUUCACUUGAUAAAUUAUCUUUUAACUGACAACCAUCAGAUGUGUAAUUCAUGGCUCAAUUCUAACAGGAUCUAAACAUUAUUAGUUUCUCCCCGUUCACUACCGGAUACUUUUUACUGAAAUAAAGUCCCAUGGUGGACACAGGAAGGGGCGGGACUUACACACAGGAAGGGGCGGGACUUCCCCUAUCUGUAAUCUCAGGCGCACUGUCCAAAGAGCUGAGGGUUUGAUUCCCAGCAGACUCUUAUUUUGAAUGAUGCUGUGAGGCAUUCUGGGUUAAAACCCUUCAACAAAUGAAGUCAUGUGAUUGUUAUUGAAUUAUUUUUUACAAGAAACAAACGACUUCAUGUCGCUAAAGAAUGAAACAUUCAGUCAUCCUGAUUAUUAUGAUUUAACACUCAUGGAUAUAAAUGUGCUGACCAGUUCAUUUUUAAUUUGAUUUAUUUGAAGUCCCCUCAGUUUGGGGUUCUUCUGUUUGUCUGUCGCACUGUCAACAUGUCGCACUGUCAACAUGUCGCACUAUCAACAUGUUCACUGUCAACAUGUUGCACUAUAAACAUGUUCACUGUCAACAUGUUCACUGUCAACAUGUUGCACUGUCAACAUGUUCACUGUCAACAUGUUCACUGUCAACAUGUUGCAC